GCGAUAGUUAAAAAUAAUUUAAAAACAAAGGCCACUAAUCCAAUAGCGUAUAAAGUUCUUGUGGAUGCAGGAGGUCCACCUGAGGGGGCACCUGAGGCAGGAGGUCCACCUGAGGGAGCACCCGAGGCAGGAGGUCCACCUGAGGGAGCACCCGAGGCAGGGGGAGCACCUGUUGGAGCACCCGAGGCAGGGGAAGUACCCGAGGGAGCUUCUGAUGGUGUACCAGAUUGGCCAUUAACAAUUAUUGACAGUAAACAAAUAACGAGGAUCGUAAGAAUUAAUACGUAA